CAGCGCGAGAGGUCCGGGGCGCCCAGCCAGCAUCCGCCGCUCCCGGCUCCACUCGGCUUUUUAGUGCCUCCGCCGCCUGCCCGCCUUCUCCUUUCUCCAUCCGUCGGUUCCGUCGGUCUCCCGCCGCCGCCAUGGAAGCCAUCAAGAAAAAGAUGCAGAUGCUGAAGUUGGACAAGGAGAACGCGAUAGACCGAGCCGAGCAGGCGGAGGGUGACAAGAAGCAGGCGGAGGACCGGUGCAAACAGCUGGAGGAAGAGAAGCAGGGCCUGGAGAAAAAGCUGAAGGGAACCGAGGAUGAAGUGGACAAAUAUUCCGAAGCGGUCAAGGAAGCCCAGGAGAAGCUGGAGAUGGCCGAGAAGAAGGCGACGGACGCCGAGUCAGAUGUGGCAUCUCUGAACCGCCGUAUCCAGCUGGUGGAAGAGGAGCUGGACCGAGCGCAGGAGCGUCUGGCCACUGCACUGCAGAAACUGGAGGAGACGGAGAAGAUGGCUGAUGAGAGUGAGAGAGGUAUGAAGGUCAUCGAAAACCGAGCCAUGAAGGAUGAGGAGAAGAUGGAGCUCCAAGAGAUGCAGCUGAAGGAGGCCAAGCACAUUGCUGAAGAGGCAGACCGCAAGUAUGAGGAGGUUGCCCGUAAGCUGGUGAUCCUGGAGGGGGAUCUGGAGCGCUCCGAGGAGAGAGCAGAGGUAGCUGAGAGCCGUGUGAGGCAGCUGGAAGAGGAGCUCCGCACCAUGGAUCAGGCCCUCAAAUCCUUGAUGGCUGCAGAGGAAGAGUAUUCUACCAAGGAGGAUAAAUAUGAGGAGGAGAUCAAGCUGCUGACAGAUAAGCUGAAGGAGGCUGAGACUCGGGCAGAGUUUGCUGAGAGGUCUGUGGCAAAGUUGGAGAAGACCAUUGAUGACUUAGAAGACGAGGUCUAUGCCCAGAAGAUGAAGUACAAGGCCAUCAGCGAGGAGUUGGACAAUGCACUGAAUGACAUCACCUCCCUCUGAGCCCCAGCAUGGCUCCCCCCUGCCCUGCCCUGCCCUGCCCAGCCCCCUUCUCAGCACCCCCUAACCCUUCUGCAGAUGCAUGGCUGGCUCCUUUCUCCUCCCCACACUUGUCCAAGUCCACCCCGGGGGGGGGAGGGCUUUCCAUGGAAGGGUUGGGCUUUUCCAUGCCCAAGUGCCUCUAGAGCUGCAGUAUUGGGGAGCUGGCUGUGCUGGCAAAGCAGCCUGCCUUACGUAGGGCAGGGGGACUUCGUGGGCAGAAAAAGGCCCCUGCCUGGGUGGGAAGGGAGGGCCGACAGGCAGCUUAGACCCCAAGCCCCUGCGGGACCCUCUUGGCUCUGCUUGUCUGUCUCCCUUGCCUUUCUCCCGUGGUGCCUUCCAUGUUCUGUUCUCAUUUUCUUCAGCCUUGGUUUCAAUAAACAUCUCUCAAGCUCUC